AUGGCUCGCCUGCUCGUUUUGGUCCACUCCGUGGCCCUGUUGCUUUUUGGCAGCGGCAUGUUCUUGGUGGGAGCAAACCGGCCACCAGCUCCUGUCAAUGUGUCUGUCAUGCACCUGCGGGCCGACUCAGCAACUGUAUCCUGGGAGGUUCCAGAGGGAGACAUAAUAAUUGGCUUCUCUAUCUCACAACAGAGGCAGGACGGACACAUGCAGCGAUUCAUUCGGGAAGUAAACACCACCAGCCGCUCUUGUGUUCUUUGGGACCUGGAGGAGGAGACAGAUUACAUCAUCCAGGUCCAGUCGAUUGGCCUCUACGGCGAAAGCCAAGCCAGCAAGAAGGUCCAUUUCCGUACCCUCAAGAAAUCAGACCGCUUCCCCUCCAACAGCUCCAACCAAGAUGACCCCACUGUGCAAGGCCUGGACAAGUCACGGCAUCUACAAACAGGAGAGAUGAUCAUAAUAGUAGUGGUCUUGGUCAUGUGGGCAGCUGUAAUUGCCCUGUUCUGCCGGCAGUAUGACAUCAUCAAGGACAACGACUCCAGCAACAAUAAGGAGAAGGUCAAGCCGUCGUCAGAGAGGAGCACGCCAGAGCAUCACAGCGGUGGACUGCUGAGGAGCAAGUUUCAUCCUUCUGUGCCGUCCAUCAACAUCAUUGAGGUUUGA